UGUUUAUUCAUGUAUAUAGUGCCUUUCAUCCCAAAGGACCCACUUUACUGCUCUUCCUCUCCCAGUGAAGAGCAGCCCCUCCUGGGAGACACACUGCAGCCCCACUGCACAGCAGCUCGGGGCAGGAGAGAGACACUGCUGCUCCAGGGGGUGAAGGGAGGACAGACUGUGCAGGAGCAGAGUGGGGUUUAUCCAGGACACCCCUACAGCAGUCCGGAGAUCUUCAAUCACCAAGCCCUCGGGGCCGGAUGAUAAUGUUUCAUUCAGACAGACAGCAGCUCCUACAGCACAGUGUCUCUGCUGGUCACCAUCUUUGGUCAGUGAUUUGGAAAUCCUGAUCCAGUGGGAUCAAACGUUCGCCCCCUACUGGUCCCCCAGAACCACGUACCGCAAUCACCUGCUUUUCAUCCCAGCCUGAGCUUCUGAGAUCGGUCCACAUGAGGUUAGUAACUGUUACUGAUUAUUCUCAUUAUCGUCGUCGUCGCUGUUGUUGUUGCUGGUGGUGGCGUCUUAUUUCCUGCCCUGUGCCCACUGUCUGCCAGGUUAGACUGCUGCUCACUGUGACUCUGUUGCAGCGGACGGGACUGCUGACGUAAACUCAGUACGCAAUCUGGACCCGCAGCCCAGUUCUCUCGCGGUCCGCAGGUUCCUGAACCCCCGCGUGCUGCUCUGUUGACAAGCCAGCGAGUCGCCGGUGUGUCUGCUACACUGGCCACGGGGAAAGUUAUUUAAAAAAAAAAACCUGAAAUCAACUUCGUAGUGGAAUGUUACUCUCAGUUUUCCGAGCGGCCCGGAAAGUCCACAAAGAAUGCAAUCCCUAUCCUGUUCUGUGGACCGCCUCUCGCGUGAAAAAUAAAGGCAUGAAUAAUUUAUGAGUCGCAGCGUGACAGGGACAAUCCUGUUACACGCGGCCGAGGCUGUGUACUCUCGUGCGGCUCACGCGACGGAAUGGGGACUGUGGGGUACUGUCGGCUGACCCCACCGUUCUCUAAAGACUUCACUUUAAAAAAAAAGUUGAAUAAUCUUUUCCAGUACACUCUUUUCAACACCUCCUGCAGUUGGAGCGCAGUGGCCAGACCGACGGUUUACACCGGACCGACUCGGAAGUCAGGCGGAAAAGACGUUUCCGAGCUCCUCUUGUCCUCUGAUCUUGUCAGGACUGUCCCCCCCGCUGCCAGUGUCCCGACAGGCACUCGAUAGGCAGGUGGGACUCCAGACCCCGCUCGGGGCAGCUCCGCGCCUCUCCCGCCCGGACACGGGCGCGACGCUGUUCUCGCGCCUAGAGGAGAGGGACGGUUCGGUCAGUGUCAUUCUUUGGCCACGAGCCCGGCCACGCGCGUGUGAGUAACAUCAGAUGAACCGGGCAGCGCUUGAGGGAGAGAGAGAGUGGAGGGCGGGAUGGUGAGAGUGUGUGUGUGUGGUGAGGGGGGGCUGUAAUGGGAGGGGCCACUCCACGUCCCGUUUGCUAGAAAAGCAAAAAUCAGAGCUCGAGCCUGACAUUCAUCAGUGAAAGUUCCAGGCGCCCGGAUGGAGUGAUAGAGAGCACGGGACCAGAGGCAGCGCGAGCUGAAGGAGACAGAGAGAGAGAGAGAGGCAGGGGUCCGAGCGCGAGAGCCCGAGGAAAACACAGACCCAGCUUUCAAACCCUCCAGCGCCCCCAGAGCGCACUUGAUCCCGGCCUCUGGCGGAGCGUCACGGCGGCCGGCGGAGCACGGAGAGGCGCCGACAGACAGCGGCAGGAGCACCGGGGACACAGGGCGCCAUGAUGACGAAGCCCUACGGGAAAGCCAGCGACGUGGCGGAGCUGGUGAGCUCCCUGGGCUGGAUGGAGGAAGACGUCAGCUCGCAGGACGGGGAGGGCGCGGCGGAGCUGGCGUGCUACGGCCCGGGCGGGGGCUGCGGGGCGGGCGAGCAGGGCAGCGAGGACAUGGAGGACCUGGAGGACAUGGAGGAGGAGGAGGAGGAGGAGGAGGAGGAAGAGGGAGGCGAGUGUGGGGAGAAGGGCCCCAAGCGCCGGGGCCCCAAGAAGAAGAAGAUGACGAAGGCGCGGCUGGAGCGGUUCCGCGCCCGGCGGGUGAAGGCCAACGCCCGGGAGCGCUCCCGCAUGCACGGCCUGAACGACGCCCUGGACAACCUGCGCCGCGUCAUGCCCUGCUACUCCAAGACGCAGAAGCUGUCCAAGAUCGAGACGCUGCGGCUGGCGCGCAACUACAUCUGGGCGCUGUCCGAGGUGCUGGAGACCGGCCAGUCCCCCGAGAGCCGGGGCUUCAUCGAGAUGCUGUGCAAGGGCCUCUCCCAGCCCACCAGCAACCUGGUGGCCGGCUGCCUCCAGCUGGGGGCGCCGCCCGUGCUGCUGGACAAGCUGGAGGAGAAGCAGCAGCACGUGCCCUGCGGGGUGGGGCUGGGCGCCUCCAUGGCCCCCGGGCACCCCUUCAGCUACCCCUCCCCGGGGCUGCCCAGCCCUCCCUACGGCAACCUGGAGGCCUCGCACCUCCUGCACCUCAAGCCUCUGCCGGGCUUCAAGGGGGGCCCCUACGAGAACCCCUCCCCGGGCCACGACUGCAGCAGCGGGACCCCCCCUUACGACGGGCCGCUCACGCCCCCCCUGAGCAUCACUGGGAACUUCGCCCUCAAGCAAGAGCCAUCCCCGCACGAGGUGGAGAAGGGCUACGCCGGCCACGCCCACGCCCACGCCCACUCCCACGCCCACGCUGGGGGCUUCCUCGGCCACCCCCACUACCCCCCUUCCUCGGUGGCGGGGCUCUCGGGGCCCCAGGGCCACGCCCCCCUCUUCCCCACGGCGGUGACGCGGUACGACCUGCCCCUGGACGUGGCCUUCGAGCCGUACGCCGCACCUGCCCCCCACAUGGUGGGCACUCAGAUGGGCUCCAUUUUCAACGAGUAGACCCGGGGGCACUGCCCACCCCUCUCCUGACACCCCCCUCCCUGUCCCUCCUGCUCCUCACUGCGGGGGGGCAAUGUGUCGAAGCCAGGAGUCCGCUUUGCCUUUUCAAGUACUUUAACAUUUAAACCCAUCCAGCAACUAUCCGAGAUUCCCUUCGGAAGUAUCCUGGGGCUAUCCAAGAUUCCCUUUGGAAGUAUCCUGGGGCUAUCCAAGAUUCCCUUUGG